AUGGGAAUACAACUUAACGAUAUAAAAACUUUGUACACUCUUCAUUUCGCAGACGAUCAGGUGGUAGUGGCCCAAGACAAGGAAGACUUAGAAUUUAUGGCAACAAGACUCUUCGCCGAAUACGAAAAGUGGGGACUGUCUGUGAAUAAAACGAAAACCAAAUAUUUAUGCAUUGGGCAGAAAGCAGAUAGUUUACACUUGGAAGACAACAUAGAAAUUGGAACAUGUAGUGAAUAUACUUACCUGGGUGCUCAAAUUGAUCACACCGGCCGAACAGAAACUGAGAUUGGGCUGAGAAUAUUGAAGGGUAGAAGGGUCAUCGGAUGUUUGAACUCAAUAUUGUGGUCCAAAAACAUUUCGCGGGAGAAAAAACAUCAAAUAUAUAAUUCCAUCUUUGAGGGUAUAGUGCUAUACGGCUGUGAGACGUGGCAAUUGACUAAGGGUGUGGAACGUCGACUUUUGGCCCUUGAGAUGGAUUUCUGGCGACGAUCUGCAGGAAAAUCCAAAAUGGACAAAGUGAGAAAUGAAACGAUCAGAAAUAUAAUGCAAGUUGAAAGAACCAUCAUAGAUGAAAUCCAGAGAAGACAGCUGAUUUGGUACGGGCAUGUGGAAAGAAUGUGCGACGAGCGCCUACCAAAGAUGAUACUGAAAUGGACACCACCAGAAAGAAGAAAGAGAGGAAGGCCCAAAAAAACGUGGUUUGAGGGAAUAGAAAAGGCUAUGUCCGAAAGAAAUCUACAUCCAGGGGACUGGCAAGAUAGAAAGGCUUGGAGAUUAGGAACCGGAAGGCGUAGGACGCUAUGA